AUGUGUGAUUCUGAAUUUACUUACAUGGACAUAGAUUUUGAAGAAUGUAGUACUUCAGAAGAAAAUGGAGAAGACUCUUUCAUUGUUAACGAAACUAUUCUUGCAAAUGUCUGGCUUUUAUUAAAUGAAGAAGAAAAUGAAGAUUAUGACUAUGGUGAUAAUUAUAAAGAUAAUGAUGAAAAUAAUGAUGAAAAUAAUUGUAGUGAAAAUGAUGAAGAUAUAUACAUAAAAAUAGAAGAUACCUCUGUUAAAAGUUCAGAUUUAACAUCAUGUGUUAUUUUAGAUAUUAUUGACAAUGAAAUAAAAUAUU